AUUGUUGUUGUGGUUGCUGUGAGGCGGCUGAUGGAUAAUUACUCUGUGAAUUUUCAUUAUGGCUGAGAAAUUUAAUGGUUUUAGCCACGAUGAAAUUCUCAAAAUAACAGGAACAGGAACGAAACAGGUCACAGCUAGAUCAAACAUUGAAGCAGCAAAGCAAGCGCUCAAAAACCAGCCCGGCAUUAGACGAAUGCCGGACAAAAUCUAUCGACAGGCAGAUCAAUUGCGGAAGCAGCAACAGCAGCAACAACAAGUUGUCAAGGCCAAGUCGAACGCAGCCACGCCCACCGUAGCGACGCCCACUCCCACUCCCACGCCGUGUGAAGAUGAUAAAAGAGCAGAAGAAGAAGAAUCACUCAAUUUGGAGCGUGGCUUGACAGACUCACUGGUUGAGGCACUCUAUUGUGGCACCGCUAUCAAAUCAACAACGACAACAGCAAUGGGAAUCAAUGGGAAAUCUGUGGUCAGCGAUGCAGGAAUUGCUGGCGACAGCGAGACACCGACGGAUGAUAGCUCCAUCCUGAAGCUGAGCACAACGGACAAUGACGCUAGCAUAUUGCCCAGCACAAGAGAUUCAAAUGGUGACAGGCUCAACACAGAAUCACCCUUCAAGGGGGUUUCCUUGAAAGAUUUCGAACAACAUCGGAAAAUGAUCGAGGAACAAAAUAAGCAAAAGAAACAAAUGCUUUAUAAGGCAAUCGAACAACAUACGCAGAAAACUGCAGCGGAAUCGCGCAAAAUCGAAGAGAUCCGCCACGAACUCUCCAAAUUGGAGAGUGAUCUGGCCGUGGAUGUGGCCCUGCUGCGCAAGCAGAUUGACAACGCUUGUAUCCACUUUGCCAAUGUGGAAAAGCAGUACGUAAAGAUUGAGGCUCAGUUUUUGAGAGCAAAAAUUGAGCUACACAAUGCAUCCGAGAAGAAGGAGCUGCUCACGGAGCAUCUGUGCACGGUUAUUGCCCACAAUGAGGAUCGCAAGGCACAAAAGCUGACGGAAUUGAUGCAAAAAGUGGGUCUGGCGCCAACCGAUGAGGAGCCAACUGCGUCGCCUACACCCGAAUUAUAAUCGAAUUUUUGUUCAUAAAACUAGCUUUGAUAUUAGCAAGUGCAUGUACACAAUUAUA